AUGAAGGUGGAAGAGGGUCAAGAGGACACGGCGCCUGCCGCCGCGACGACCCCCGCGUCGGCGGGCGAGACGGCGCUGUCGGAGAUGAACGCGGCGUUCGCGAGCUGCCUGUCGCUGGUGUGUCCGCCCAUCCAGUACCCGCCGCACUGCCGCUUCAACCCGGUGCGGGACGCGGCCGACACGGCGGAGAUCGAGGCGCGGCUCGAGGAGUUCUUCCUGCACGCCAAGCAGCUGGAGCAGCUGUUCCUGAACGACACGGCGGACACGCUGGCCUCCAUGAGCCUCGAGGCAGCGGACGCAGACGCGGAGCUGGCUGCAACCGCCGCCGCAACAGGGCGACAGCAGCAGAGCGAGCUGGAGCUGGAGAUCCUCAACCUCGAGGCGGAGCUGGCCGAGAAGAGCGACCUGAUCGACAAGUACACGGACGUGGUGCGCGGCUGGGAGGGCAAGUUCAAGCGCAUGGACCACCGCAUGUCGCCCGACAGAGAGUGA